GGUGGGCGGGCCGUCGGCAGUCCCGGUUUCCGAUUCCGGCGGGCAUCGGUCAGUGGGCUCCUGUGUGACGUGUCGCUGGCUCUGGGUCGCAGCGGGGCAGGCAGUCAUGGAUCAGGUAAUGCAGUUCGUUGAGCCAAGUCGGCAGUUUGUGAAAGACUCUAUUCGGCUGGUUAAGAGAUGCACCAAACCUGAUAGAAAAGAAUUCCAGAAGAUUGCCAUGGCAACAGCAAUAGGAUUUGCUAUAAUGGGAUUCAUUGGCUUCUUUGUGAAAUUGAUCCAUAUUCCUAUUAAUAACAUCAUUGUUGGUGGCUGAAUAAUUUUUGGAAGAGUGUUUUUCCUCUUCGGGAUUGAUGAACAAGUGAGGGGUUGAGAGCUCAUGGAGUAAAAAUUUGCCUGUGUAUUUUGUUUUUCUCCUCCUUUUUUUCUUCCAAGAUAUUUUCUAUUUCGAAAUUAAAAUAAUUUCAAAAUAAACAAA